AUGUUUGGGCGUGAUGAAGAUGAAGCGGCAAAGAGAUUUAGUGAAUUACUUCCUGUGAAAACAUAUUGGAGGCAAAUAGAAGAUUUCCAUAAUUGGAAUAAAAUCAAGAUUAGAUAUUGUGAUGGUGCAUCAUUUAGUGAGGAUGUAGAAGCAGUGGAACCUGAUGUUCUGAGUGGAUGUUCAGCUGGUGGGUUGACAUCUAUUUUGCAUUUCAGAUGCUGGUUUUUUUAUAAAUGUGAAAUCUGUUUUUGUAGCAACAUAUAUCGAGGAUUACUACAACGACGUGGUACCUACACAUGGAGCGGCGAAGAACUUGCCCUCAUCGUGUACGUCAAGAGGAAAACCCGGAUUGUGUUUUUUCCCUCAAAACAUCGCACAACAAAUCCGGACGCCACUUUUCAUUACAAAUGCUGCCUACGAUUCGUGGCAGGUUAG